ACUUGCGAAGGUAACAGACCGCUUUUAACUCUUCUGCAGUUCGUUUGUGUUGUUCUUCUUUUCAAUAUUCUGGUUCGUUUUAUCAGUUUUUCCUAUUUCGGACUCUUUCUCGUGUGUGUUCAACGUGAACAUUUUUAGCUCGUGUCGAUACCAUAAAUUACUGGAGAUGUACAUUUUACAGAGUAUAUUAGCCGCCUGUCUACUGGCCCUGUGCACCGCCGAGCCCCCAGUCAACAACCAGUACCUGCCCCCCACUAGCAACGGCUACAACUACCCCUCGCCAAAUGUCCCCUUCCCCUCGCCACCAGCACCACAAACCCCUGGACCCUUCAGGCCUCCUCCACCCCCCGCACCUAGACCUCCUGCACCCCCAGCACCUCGUCCCACCUACGGAGUGCCCACUGGACCCCCAGCCCCACCCCGUCCCACUUACGGACCCCCUCAGACGCCCUUAGGUUCUAACAACAACAUCGAGACAGCGCAUUUGAACCAGCCUCACGUGCCGGGUAUGCCAUACGACUUCAACUACGCAGUCAAGGACGACUAUUACGGCACCGACUACUCGCACAACGCAGUCAGCGACGGCGACCAGGUGAAGGGAGAGUACCGUGUGCAGUUGCCAGACGGCCGUCUGCAGAUCGUCAGCUAUGUCGCCGACUGGGCCACCGGUUUCCACGCCGAUGUCAGAUACGAGGGACAGGCCUCCUACCCUGAAGCCAACAAGGGAGGUUACCCAGCAGCUGGAGCCCCUGCGGCCGCCUAUGGUCCCCCACCCAGCCAAGGAUACUAAGGACUAUCCUCGAGGAUCAACACCUUCCCUAAGGAUAUCUCAGCCUGCUCCCAAAUGCCUCAGCAACAUGGAAUUACUAGCACGGAUUUUCAAAAUUUGAAUUAAUAUUUCUGUUUUUAUUUUUCAAGUUAACUGUGUUGGACCAAGCGUGAUCAAAUUUAAUCCGGGAUUUGCACAGUGCCCAUAAAUUAUCAUCUGAUUUGGGCCAAGAUUGUUGAUCCCUGUUGGUACAAUCAGGUCGAAAUUCUUCGAGUCAAGUGAUUGCUUACUGAUGAGUUCCAACUGAAAGUUAAUCUAUGUUCAUUUUCUGAAUGCCCGAUAACUACUUCAUCCAUUUUAUAAACUCAAUUAUUUUAUGGCUCGUUGAAAUCCUAUUUCCACUUGCUAUGUCAAUAUCUAUUGAUUAAGUUGUCGAUCUUCGAUUGGGAAUAGAUUAUUGCUUUAAAUUGAAAACAAAUUAAUAAAUAAGUGAAGUGGCGUCUGUUGUACUGACAAUAUUUUCGUAGACUACAGUUGAUAUCAUUUUCAAGAUUCCAUUUUGUUUGGAUGAGAUAAAUUAUUUGUAAAUUCCAUAGAAGAAUUUCUACUAUAAUUUUGUUAAAUUUGUUAUGAUCGAUUCAUUUUGUGAAAUUGAAUCUUUUUUAUUUUGUAUUUAUCAAGAUGAUUCCUGUUGAUUGGAGUUGCCACUAAAAUUAGAGCAAGUAGUAGACACCUAUCAUAGCUUUGGGAGUAGUACUGAGAAACAUCGAUUUUUACCUGACAGAUAUUGUUUUGUUGUAAUUCAACUGGAGUAAAUCAUAAUUCACCACAGAAUAUUAUUUGGUCUCAGAAUUAAUGUGUGAGAGAAGGAGAGAACUAGGCCACUGCUCUGAAAUAACUUCACUUUUGAAAAGAGCAAGUAAAGACACAACAUAUCAAUCCACACUAAAUCUUUUGAACAUUUCGAAGGUAGAAAUUGAGUUUUCACAUUGGAUACGGUAAUUUUUCUGGAGACAUAAUAUUUCUAUGAGGAAUUAAGAUUUACUUGUUGAAUCACAAAUCACAAACAUGUAAAAUGUGGAUUCAAAUUUUGGCCAUUCCUAUUUCUCUCAAGCAGAAUUCUUGUAAAGAGUUGUAUAAAUUUUUACAAUUCCUGUAUAAGUUUUUUACAACUAUAUUAUAGGUUAGUAAUGAUAAUUAUUCUGCUCCGAAAGUUGGAGUAACUCAAGAAUGAUUAUAUCUGUGAAUAUUUUUUGUAUUAUUAUUUAUAAUAGAGAUUAGUCUAUGUGUUGUGCUCUCUAUGUUAUAUGUGUACAUAAUUUCCGUAAUCAAUUAUAUAAUAUGGUCUUAGCCUAAUAUGAGUAUUUUCCAAUGCUUGACUAGUAAGCCCUACAGCUUAACUCCAUCCCUUUAUUACCCUUGCCGUUUGAUAGAUUUCAUAUUCCUUAUAAUAUAUAUAAAAUUUCAGAUACUACCUGUUUCCUAUACAGAAUAAGGCGAACUAUAUAUUUGUUGCACCCUUCAGUCUGCUAGUGCUACCUGGUCGCGGGUUCGAAUCCCGCCGAAUUCCAUCGAAUAGGCAUGGACGUUUGAUCAUCCCAUAAAUCACCCUCGCACUUCCCAUUACCCACGCACAAGCAAAAACCUUAUGUGGGCAUCAUCCGCAAUAAAAAAAACUUUUAUCAGAAGUUCUUCAAUACGUUAGAUAGCCUACUUCCAAAAUAAAUUUAUUUAAUAUGGAUUUACUUUCAAUAAAUAUAACAAAUUGAAAUUAUAGCAAAUGUGUAAAUAUUCAUUAUUGCUUUAAGAUGAAGUAGGCCUACUUUUGAUACUGUAACUAUUACCGGAACUUUGAACUGUUGAACUGUGUUUACCAAUAGCUUACCAAUUAAAACUCAUAAUACGAAAAUAAACUUCCCUGGUGAUAGUAUAUAUCUUAGAGCAAAUCAAACCAGAUUUAACCAAUAAUUGUUAGUUGUCAAUAUCUUAAUUGAUAGACUAAAUAUUCUACCAGACUGACACAUCCACAAAGUUUCCAAGAGUUACCUCAGAAAGACUGAAGUUAAUUCAGUUUGAAUAAUUACCGUAAUCAACUGAAAAGGAAUCAAAACUUUAGACUACUCUCUGAUACCACUGAAGAAAUAUGUAUGUAAUAUAGUUGAAUAAAUCAUAUUUUUCUCUUUCAUGAUAGAAUUUUACCAUUUUAUUAUUGGUGCAAUAUCAUUAUUUUCAAUGAUAACAUUUUAGUUUGUAUAUGACAGUGUCGAACGAGCCAGUAUUUCUAUAAUAUAAGAGCAAGAAAUUUGAUAGAAAAUUAAUAAUGUGAAUUAAUUUGUACUGAAUAAAUGAAGUUAAUACUUGAAA